CACAGUUGAACUCACCACGUAGUCACGUACCCAAGAGUCCCGGACCGCCGGAUCCUUUGAAUCCUGAUGCGGAGAUGGCCGCCUCCCAUCCAAGGCGUCGCCCACCGCCGCGCGGCGGCCGCGGCCGCAGCCGCGGCUACGGUUGCACCCCCCACCGGCGAGCUGGUCCGGCAACACAACCGCUCCCUCGCGGCUCUUCUCCGCCGCGGCCGCCUCGCCGCAGCCUGGCGCCUCUUCGACGCUCUCCCAGUCCGCGACGUCGUGACCUGGAACUCGCUCUUAGCGGCGCUAGCCCGCCGCAGCGACGUAAGCGCUGCCAGUGCCUUUUUCGCCUCCAUGCCCGUCCGGGACGUUGUGUCAUGGAACACUCUCCUCGCCGCCUACUCCCGCUCGUCGCACUCCCACCACCUCGCCGCCGCGCGCCGCCUGUUCGACGAAAUGCCACAGCGCGACGGCGUCACGUGGAACACCCUCCUCAGCGCCUAUGUGCGCCGCGGGCUCAUGGGCGAGGCCGGGAAGCUAUUCGACGAGAUGCCGCAGAGGGGCGUCACUUCUUGGAACACGAUGGUCACCGGGUUCUUUGCUGCUGGUCAGGUGAGCAAGGCCCUCGACAUGUUCAAUGCGAUGCCUGUGAAGGACUCUGCGUCUCUGGGCACACUGGUGUCUGGGUUAGCCAAGAAUGGCCGGUUGCAUGAGGCAGAGGAGCUGUUGACAAAGCGCUUGACGGUGAAAGACAUGGACAAGGCUCUUGAUGCUUACAACACACUCAUCGCUGCGUAUGGGCAAGUUGGGAGGGUGGAUGAUGCCAGAAGAUUAUUUGAUAUGAUACCCAGAGGUCAGAAUCAGCACCAGAUGAGCAAUAUGAGGGUGUUUCAGAGAAAUGUUGUGUCAUGGAACACAAUGAUGAUGUGCUAUACCAGAACUGGAGAUGUUUGCUCAGCCAGGAUGCUGUUUGAUGAGAUGCCGGCUAAGAACUUGGAAUCGUGGAACACUAUGGUUGCUGGGUAUGCCAAGGUGUCCAAUAUGCAGGAAGCAGAGCAGCUGUUUUGGGAAAUGCCAGACCCUGAUAUGGUGUCCUGGAAUUUAAUAAUACGAGGAUUCACACAGAUAGGAGAGGUUGAGCAUGCCCGUGGAUUUUUUGAUAGGAUGCCAGAGCGUGCAAUCAUCUCCUGGAAUACAAUGAUAUCAGGUUAUGAACAAAAUGGGGACUAUGAUGGUACAAUUGAGCUGUUUUCAAAGAUGCUAGAAGUUGGUGGGACGCCUGAUCGGCACACCUUCUCUUCAGUUCUAGCAGCAUGUGCGUCGAUCCCUAUGUUGCCCCUUGGAGCUCAGCUCCACCAACUUAUUGAGAAGUCGUUUCUGCCAGAUACUGCAAUUAGCAAUGCCCUUAUAACAAUGUACUCCAGAGGUGGGGCAAUAACUGAUGCGGAAUCCAUCUUCAAUCAGAUGCGUACGCAAAAAUGUUUAGUGUCUUGGAAUGCACUGAUUGGAGGUUAUGAACACCAUGGUCGUGCUACAGAAGCCUUGCAGCUGUUCGAAGAAAUGAGGAGAGCCGGGGUUAUGCCAACACACAUAACUUUCAUUUCUCUUUUGAGUGCAUGUGGAAAUGCUGGCCUUGUCUCUGAAGGAUGGAGGGUUUUCCACACCAUGGUCCAUGAGUAUGGCAUUGCUGCUAGGAUUGAGCACUACUCAGCACUUGUCAAUCUCAUAGGCCGACAUGGUAAGCUUGAUGAUGCAUUGGAGGUAAUCAAUAGCAUGCCGAUUGCUCCGGACCGAUCUGUGUGGGGAUCUUUCCUCGGAGCAUGUACGGCGAAGAAGAAUGAAGCACUGGCUCACAUGGCUGCAAAGGCAUUAUCCAAGAUUGAUCCUGAGAGUUCUGCUCCAUAUGUUCUGAUUCAUAACUUACAUGCUCGUGAGGGAAGGUGGGGAAGUGCAUCUCUGGCAAGGGAAGAGAUGGAACGGCAAGGUGUUCACAAGCAUGCUGGGUACAGCUGGAUUGAUUUGCACGACCAGGUGCAUGCCUUCAACGCAGGAGAUACCUCCCAUCCCUUUAUCCAGGAGAUAUAUUCAGUCCUAGAAUGUUUUGACAUGUCAUCCAGAGAUUGGAGCUAGACGUGGGCUUAUUUUGCUGGCUUUGUAAGACGGCAGUUGCACAAGCCAAGAAACAUGGGGAUAAGCCAAGCAACUCAAGUGAGUUUGUAUUACUCCCACUUAUCUGGUACACAUGUGUUUUGAUACUCAAAUAAACUUUAAAGUGUUGUUUCACAUCUAA